AUGACAAAUUUAAAUAAUCAAACAAUUAAAAAAUCAUCACGUUUAGAUUCUUAUUUAGGAAAGAAUAAUAAUACUAAUAAUAAUAAUCAAAAUACUACCAAUAAUUCACCACGUAAAUUUUUAGAAGAUGAUUUAGGAAAUAAAGCUAAUAAUCCACGUCGUAGAAGAUCAUCUGUUAUGAGACAUAUAUCAUCUAUUACUACAAAUAGAGAUGAAUCUAAUAUACCAAAUAAAGAAAAUCAAAAACAAAUAAUUGAAGAAGAAAAGAAAAAGAAAAGAUUAGCACAAUUAGAAUAUAUAUUUAGAGAUCAAUUAAAAGAAGAAGAAGAAAGAAUGAAACAAUUACAAAAAAGGAAAAAUUCAAAUACAAAUAUGGGAAAAUUAUCAAGACAAUCAUCAUUUAAUUCAUCAUCUAAUAAUAAUUUAUUAAUUAAUAUACCAUCACCUAAUAAUAGUUCUAAUAAUACUUUAUUAUCACCAAAUAUUCAACAACAAUAUUAUCAAUUUACAAAUAAUAAUAAUUUAAAUAAUAAUUAUUCAUCAUCUCCUCAUUUAUCACCACAUAAUAGUUAUUUAUCACUUAAUCAUCAAAAUCAUUCAUCACCAAAUCAUUUAAAUAAUUCACAUAAUAAUAAUAUAUUAUUACAUAAUCAAAAUCAUUCACCUAAUUCUUCUUCUAGUCAUAAUUUACAUUCAAGUAAUUCACCUAAUUCUCAAAUGAUAAAUCGUGCUAAUAAUUUUCAUUCAUCAUCACCUAUAAAUAAUCCACCUACAUUAUUAUCGCCUUCAUUUAAUAAUUUACAUUCAAUUCAUCAUCAUUCUAAUAAUACUAAUAAUACUAAUAAUAAUAAUAAAAUAUCAAAUAAUAAUAAUAAUAUAAAUGAUUUAAAAGCACCACCUAAAUUAUUUAUUGAUGAUGAUGAAGAAGAUGAUGAAGAAUUAAAAAGACCAUCAAUUGUAAAUUAUUUAAAAAAUAGAAUUAAAAGAAAUGAUUUAAAUGAAAUAUUACCAUUUAUGGAUAGAUUAAAUUUAUCAUAUUUAAAAUAUAAAGAAAUACCAAAUGAUAUUUCAUUAUUUUCUGGAUUAAUUGAAUUAAAUUUAUCACAUAAUUAUUUAAAAAUAUUUAAUGGAAUGUUAAUAGCAGAAUCAUGUCCAAAUUUAAUUAAUUUAGAUUUAUCUUUUAAUAGAAUUAAUAAUAUAAAUAUGGUAAUUGAUUUAUGUAAUUUAAAAAAAUUAAUUACUUUAAAUAUAUCAAAUAAUCCUAUUAGAUUUAUUGAUAAUAGAAUUGCAAUUUUACAAAAAUUAUUACAUUUUAAACCAAUUCAAAUGAUGGAUAAGGAAAAAUUAAAAGAUUUGGAAUUAUCUAAAAUUAGAAAUAAAAGAAAAACAUCAAUGAAAUUAAAUCAUUUUAAUGAUACAAUUAAUCAUUCAAACAAUUCAAAUAAUUCAAAUAAUUCAAAUACAAAUAAUAAUAACAUGUUAUCACCAAGAUCACCUAAAACACCAAGAUCACCACGUACUGGAAAUCAUAAAUUAAUUGUAAAUAUUGAAACACCUUCAUUAUCUACUACUAAUACUAAUAAUAAUAAUAAUAAUGAAAAUCAUUUAAAUACACCUAAUAUAUCUAUUACAAAUAAUGAUAUAGAUCAUCAUCAACAAUUAGAUUCUAAUAAUAAUAAUUUAAGUAGUAAUAAUCAACAUAAUUCUAAUACAAAUACAAAUAAUAAUGAAAAUAAAUUCAUGUUACAUACAGAGAGUAGUAUAAAAAAAGAUGCAAGUUUAUUUAAAAGUAAUCCAAUAUAUGAAUCACAAUUAACAUUAAAUAAAGUAAAAAAAGCUAAAUUAUUAAUUACUAGUUUAAGAAGAUGGAAUCAAAAAAGAGAAAAUUCAUCAUCAUCAAAUAAUUCAAAUAAUUUAAAUAAUUUAAAUAAUUUAGAAAUGAAUAUUAAAUCUAAAAUUAAACAAACUGUAAAUUCACACAUUCCAAUAGACAUGUCACCAUUUAUACAAUCAAUGAAUCAACAUAUUAAUAUUAAAUCAUUACAAUCUGUUACAACAACAAUACAAUUACAAGAUAAUUCAAAAUCUAAAGUUAUUGAUGUUAAAAAAUUUAGAGGAGAAGAUUCACCAUUUCCAUCUUUACAAGUUUUAAAUGGAUUUCCAAUAUCAGCUGAAGAAUAUUUAAUUUCCUUAAAUGAAGAAAUUUAUGAUACAUGUUCAAAAUCAAAUAAUUUAAAUGAUUUGGAAAAGAAAAAUCAAAAAACUUUAAUUUUAAAAGAUAAUGCUAAAAAAAUUAAAAGAAAAAUUGAAUUUGAUUCAACUGUUGAUUUUACAAAUAGAAAAUUUUCAUUAUCUGCAACAAAAGAUUUAUUAAAAAGAAGAUAUUUACAACAAAAAUCUAAUUCUAGUAAUAAUUCUAAUAAUAAUACUGCUAAUAAUACUUCAUCUUUAACUUUUGAUGAAUUUGUUAAACAUACUUGGGUUGCAGAAGAUGAUGAAUUUGUAGAUGAAGAAGAAGAAAUACAUUUAGAACAAAAAAAAAAUAAUUUAAAUAAUUCUAAUAAUAAUUCUAAUAAUGGAAAUAAUUCUAAUAAUACAUCUGAUAAUAAUACAAAUAAUUCAAAUAAUACAAAUAAUUCAAAUUCAAAUAAUUCUAAUAAUAAUUCUAAUAAUAAUAAUUCAAAUAAUAUUGUAAAUAAUUCAACAACACAAAAAUUAAAAGAUUUAAAUGUUCAUGUUACAUUUUCAGAUGUAAUUAAAAAUGAAUUUUAUGAAAAUCGUAAAGUGACAGAUGACAUUUUAAAUACUAAACGUAAAUCAAUUAUAGAUUUUAGACCAUUUAAAGAACAAUUAUUAGAUUUAACACCUGAUCAAAUUGAAAUGAAAUUUAAAAGAAUUGAAUUAAAAGAAAAUUCAUCUAAAUUUAGAGAUUUAAUUGAACAUAAAAUUGAUGAUCGUGAAAUUUUUAUUACAAAAUUAAAACAAGAAUAUGAAGAAUCUAAAAAUCCUAAAAAAAAUUUAAAUUUAAAUGAUGAAAUUACAAAUUAUUUACAUAAAAAAGAUGAUCAACGAAAAUUUAUACCUAAAAAAAUUGAAUUAAUUUCAAAUUCAAAUACAAAAUUAAAUGUUCCAUAUUUAGAUAAAUUUUCAUUAGGUUCAAAAUAUUUAGAAGAAUUAGGAAUGAUACAUGAUCAUUUUAAUGAAAAAUCAAGAGUUAAUGAAAGUAAUAAUAAUACUUUAAAUAAUUUAAAUAAUUCCAAUAAUAGUAAUACAAAUACAAAUACAAAUAAUAACAAUACGAACAAUACAAAUAAUAAUACAAAUAAUGUACAACAAGAUAGUAGAAGAGAAUUUGAAGAAUUAAAGGCUUUGAAAAUGACAAGAAAGAAAUAUUCAUUGGAAGGUAAAAAAUGUUUAAUUGAUGGAAAGGAAUUUGUUUUUUCAAAUUUAUUUGUUUAA